CGGGCCGGCUGACUGACAGCUCGCCGCGGAGCCUCGGAAGGACCCGGCUGCUCGCGGGCCGCGCAGUCGCCGCUGCCGCCGACCGCACGGCGCCCGCCCGCUGCCGGGUCCUCUGCCUGCCUGCCUGCCGGCCACCCGCCGCGGUUUCGUUUAGAUUUGCUGUUCUUUGGGCAGCCAGAGAACACAGUCUCCAAAAGGACCUCAGAGGUCUGACCCAGUCUCGCUGUUUCCGACGGGGUGACCCUGCCCAGGGCGGGCCUCGUGGCCAGAUGCCAUAAGGCCACUGCGCUGCUCAGAGGCCUCGGUGGCCCGCAGCUCCGAACCACCUGCACAGUGUGGCCGGCUCCCACCGACGCGCCUGCAAAGCCGCUCUGAGGGCUCCUCCGGCUUCGUCCUCAGCAGCCCACCCACGCCAUGGAGGCCGAGGUCCCCGAGGGCUCGACUGACGCUGGGACCGAGCCGCCCACGGCCCCUCCCCACGAGGCAGCGCCUUCAACACCGCAGGAUGGGGACGGCUCCCUGGGGGACGCUGCCUCGGAGAGCGAGGCCACAGAGUCCGCGGACAGCGAGAACGACAUGGGCGAGUUGCCCUCACACCCGUCCUGGGACCAGGACCGCCGCUCCUCCUCCAACGAGUCCUUCUCCUCCAGCCAGAGCGCCGGGUCCGCCCAGGACGAGGAGACGCUGGCGCUGCGGGAGUUCAUGCGAGGCUACGUGGAGAAGGUCUUCUCAGGAGGGGAAGACUUGGAUCAGGAAGAGAAGGCCAAGUUCGGGGAAUACUGCAGUGGCCAGGACGGGAAAGGCCGCGAGUGGUUUGCGCGAUACGUCAGCGCCCAGCGCUGCAACUCCAAGUGCGUGUCCGAGCCCACCUUCUACCGGCUGGUGCAGUCCUUCGCAGUGGUGCUGUUCGAGUGUCAUCAGAUGGAUGACUUUGGACCUGCCAAGAACCUCAUGACCAUGUGCUUCACGUACUACCACCUGGGCAAGCCACAGCUGCUCCCCUCGGAGCCCAAGGAGAAGCCUGCAGGCAGCAUCGACUCCUACCUGAAGUCUGCCAACAGCUGGCUGGCGGAGAAGAAGGACAUUGCCGAGCGGCUGCUGAAGAACACGGAGAACGUGAAGGGCUUCUUUGGUGGGCUGGAGACCAAGCUGAAGGGACCCCUGGUCAGGAGGACUGAGGAAGAUGAGAACAAACCCAAGGACAAGCAGCCCAAGACUGUGACUGUGUUCAGCCCGGAGGAUGAGCAGAAGGAGGAGAAGAUCUACCUGUACACGCACCUGAAGCAGCAGCCCAUCUGGCACACACUGAGAUUCUGGAAUGCAGCCUUUUUUGACGCCGUCCACUGUGAGAGGAGAAAGCGCUCUCCCACCACCAGAGGGGAUGCUGGACAGCAGGAGAAGAGGGAGAAGUGGUGCCACAUGACCCAGGAGGAGCGGGACGACAGUCUCCGGUUCAACGAGAACAUCACCUUUGGGCAGCUGGGCACCUUCACUCACAACAUGCUGGCCUUCGGGCUGAACAAGAAGCUGUGCGGCGAGUUUCUGAAGAAGCAGGCCGUGAUCGGCAACCUGGACGAGGAGCAAUACAAGCUGCUCAGUGACCACAUUGAGCAGAUGGCCACUGAAUAGGAGACAGAGGGCCUGUGCUACUCUGCUGGCCAGCGACUAUCUGUCCCCACCACUGACCCUGCAUGACACCAGCGGCUCCCAGGACCGCGCCGCGCCGCCCUAGAACAGGGGAGAAGCAUCCGGCUGCCUCCUCCCUCCUUCCUGCUGCCUGUGUCUGCCCCCAUCCUUGUGCAAAAGGCUCCCUUGGGUCACGUGGCCAAAACCAGGGACCGUCUGUACCCCUAAGUGCUAGGCUGCGAGAGGAGACGGAGAGGGAGGAGCAGGAGGAGCCGCCUGCAGGGAGGUGCCCGCAGCAUCCCGUGCGCCCCACUGACGGCCAGAGGGGAGAGGGUGGGCUCGGAGGUGGACGUGCUUGGUGGGCACCCGCGGGGCUGCAAGUGAAGGACGGGCGCCACGCUAUGGGACAGCUCCUGGAAGGCGCUGGGGUGGGGACGGCGGGCCUCCCCAUGAGGCAGAGUCUGCUCACUCCUCUGUCUCCCUCCGUAUCACGGGAACAGGAGUCAUAGGAACCGAGAGGACAGACACGUCCUAGGGAGGGAGAGAGGACUGGGUAGGGGACACCCCUGCCAUCCCAGGUCACCAAGGGGUCUGCAGCCUCCCAAACGCAGGGCAGCUGAGGACAUUCCCCAAUGCCUGGGAGCUGCACUGUGGUCUGUCCCAUGUGAGGAGCGAGGGCAGAGAAGCUUCACCAGCAGCUGCAAGGCCAGAGCGCCUUCCUGGAGGGACGGCGCUGCCCUUGUGUCCUUGAAGGCAGGACAGCACCCUCAGCACAGCAGGAACAGGCAGCCACAGCGAGACUCAGGCAGCGAGCAGUGUGAAUUCUCAGCUCCGAGCUCCGAACGCCCCCCCAACAGCCUCCUCCAGGCGCCGCCUACCCUCCGCAGCCCGGGCCUCCGCUCUCCCACUGCCUUCAGCCAGGGCCAGGGAGCCCGGGCUUCCUCUGAGCAUUCAGGCCUGGCCACCUGUGGGGACUGAGGUGCACGCCCCGCACCUGGCAUGCUGGCCCAGAGCCUGCUGUUUCCUGUGUGGGCAGAGCAGGAAGCAGGUUCCCUCUGCCUCUGGCCAUUGCUGCUCUGGCUAUGGACCUUGAAAUCAGCCAUGGGGUCUUCCUUUAACUCUGAGCCCCUCUUCCCUCAUCAGCCCUCAGAGUACAGACUGGGCCACGGGCACAACAGACCCCACCCGAUGGUCACCCAGCCAGUGCCCAGAAGCCUCCCUGCAGGAGCACAUGCCUGAAUGUUCCAGAGUGGAUCAUGAAGGCUUGAGCUGACAUCGAGUGUGUCCUGACGUCAGGUGACAAUGGCAGACAGCAUGGUGUGCGUCCCCGUGUGCUUUUGGCCAGGAGGUGGGAAAGCUGGGUGUGCGGACUCCAGGGGGAGACUUCGGCCAGACUGCCAGGGGCUGGACAGAUCAUGCAGGCUGGUCCCAGUGACCAUGCGUGUCUCUGUUGGCUCUGGAAAAUGUCAAAUUAGAAAGUAUGCCCCUCCUGGCUCCAGCGUCAGCCUCCUGUGACACGCCCUCCUGACGGCCCUCAGUCACCUGCUGUUGCCUGCCAUCGCCAAGCUGCCCUGGAGCGGCCGUAGGCCCACAGGGUGACCAGGAGGCCUCUCCGGCUCUAUCCCACAUUCUCACCUGAGUCAGUUGAAACGCAUUGACUUCGCGGCGUCUGCGACGCCCACCUGUGUGCAGCUGUGGCCCCUCCUGGCUUUCCAGACCCCUGGCUUCAGAAGCACCCGCACUGUCCCCACGGCAGCCUGAGGAGGGAAAAGUGGGUGGGGCCUCUUCCCUCGCUCCUUGCUCACAGACCUGGCUCGAGCCAGGGCGAGUCUGACCCGAACAGCGUCACCUGCUGGGUUCAGCCCAGACAGCACCACCAGGGACAGAGCUGGCCUCCGGGGACGUGGUGGCCCUCCAGGGUGCCACACGAGAGAAGCAGAGUCCCUUGGGGUCUCCUUGCGUCCCCUGCUGACAGCUGGCUUUGGUGGGCAGUUCACUUUCAGGUGCCCUGGCCAGUGUCUCCAGGAAGCAGUUUGGUGUGACCAGAGGGCCCCCACCUGCCCCCUGAGGGCCCCUCUCUUCCCGAGUCUCCUCCCCAGGGCCUGGCCAAGCAGACCUGAGCUGGGCCCUGGCUGGGCACCUGGGAUGACUUGCGUGUGACUCUGGCGUCCCUGCUGUGCCCCCAGAUGCUGCAGACGAGUGCAGGGGGGCCUCCCGCUUCCCAAGAGGAGCUUCCAGUCCUGGGAGGCCGUGUGCCCGCAGCCGGGAGCCUGGAGGGCCUGUCAUUAGCCACAGCACUCAGACUUUCAGCCGUCUGACCGUCAGGGCCGCGUGGCUCCUAGGGAACCAAAACUGUGCUCUCUCGCAGAUGAAGCCCCUGCCUUGGAAGCAGGGCGGUGGGGCGAUGGCCGCAAGUCCCCUGUGUUGGCAGUGCCUGGUGUUUGGGAGGCUGGACCGAGUUCUGAUGGCUGGGGUUGUCUGUCAGGUUGGGGCGGCAGGCCAGUGCGCUCCUGUGCCAGCAGAAGAGGCGAGGCGCUCAGAGUCACGGGGACCAGGGACCCAGGUGACCAGGGCGGUGCACCAGCACCGGAUGUUCACCUCAGUCCACAGCAUGCAGGGGCUAGAACCAGGCCACCGCUCGGACCCGAGGCCAGUCCAGAGCCAGUCUCGUCUGCCUGCUCUCUUCCCUGCCCUGAGAGGAAGCAGGGCUGAUUCUGCAGCUGCCUGGAUGGCAGAGCGACUCACAGGGUGGGGGGCUGCAGCUGUGGGGUCUGCUCCGUGGCUGGCCCUGUGCGUCCCCCACCACUGAGAACCUGCGGUUCCAGGUUCCUGUGGGCGGAACCAGGCCUCAUCCUGUAAAGGGGAGUAAAAGGCUCCAGCCAAACAGGGGCCCUGAGCUGCCUACCCCACCUCCUCGGCCACACUGACCAGUUGGCUCUCUAGUUAAGGAGGAUCCAGGUGGGCCGGGUGGUUUGGUCAGCUUUACACCAGUUACCUGUGGGGCAGCCGGGAGUCCAGGGCCUUGCCACAAACAGUGGGGGGCUGGGCACGUCAAAGUCAGAGACCCCCUUGCAGAAGGGAGAAGGCGGGGGGCCAGCCUGGCCUCCGGAGUCUCUGCAGCCCCGACUCACUCCUCACCCACUCGACCAUCCCCCGCGAGUCCAGGGAUCCUCCCCAGGGCACAGUCCUCAGAACCCGUUCUCCUUGAAGAGCUUUUGGUCCCGGAAGCCACAGUGGCUGGACGUGGUGGGCAGUGCCUAGGUGUCCGGCAGUCUGUCCUGUCUGUCCUCACCACCGCGGGCCUGAACAGAGGGCGUUGGCUGGUCAGGGAGCAGAUGGAUGGUCACCCAGGACGGUGCGCGCGGUGGGCACGCUCCUGCAGGACGGCGCGCACAGUGGGCACACUCCCCCUAGAGCCGUUCACACCGCAGGCUUGGGAGUGGGCUUCGUUCUGCGCUCUGGCUCCCCUUGUGUCUCCAGACCUGUGUGUCACAGACCCCCUAGGGAAGAUGAAUCUCAGGACCUCAGGGGGGGUCAGCCUGCCCACUGCUGGUGACCAGGCCUGUCCUAUGCUGGCCUCCAUUCAGCUCGCGCAGCGUCCCUUGGCACUCCUCUAGAUGCACGUCUGCUCCCCCUCGCUCCUAGGUAAUGUGCUCCAGAGGAAGAGACGGGGGUCUCAGUGGUGGGGAAGGAAGGCUGGCCUGGACGGGGCUCUGGCAGUGUGGGCACCCCAGCCCUCCCCUGCAGGGGACAGUGCAGCUCAGGGCACUCCUGGGGCAGAGUCCAGCACACUUGCUGGGGACUGUUCCUUCAGCGUCAGUGAGGGACCUGAGAAGGCUGCGUCAAACACUCCACCACUAGGAAGCCACUUGGACAGUGUGUGUCCCCUUAGAGCUGCGGGUGUCAGGACACAGCUCCCCACGGCCCUGCUGCACCCUAUGCUGCUGCUGGAACCUACAUGGUGGCCAUCCUGCACCCUCUGUCCCUUCCCCAGUCUGUCCUGGACCCACACUUGCCAUCCUCGCCUCCAAACAUGGCCUUUCUGGUGGCCCCAGUGAUGCCAGUGAUUUAUGUGUUACAGUUAAGCAACCUUGUGUCCCUGUAGGUGACGUCCUCAAAGUAUAUUUUAAGCUUGAGAAAAUUUCAGGGUCGAAGAUCUCAAAGCAGUGCUAAGAUGGAAACUGUUUCCUGUGAAGAAAAAAAAUCUAUAUGUAUAUAUUGCACCUUGGAUUGUCAGAGGUGGAAACUGAAAUAAAUUAUCUUUUUAGAAAAGGUC